AUGGCUUCAGCCGCAGAAAGUAAAGGCACCACGUCCAGCUCCUCUGCAGCCGACAGUGGGAACCAGGACGGGACCUUCGAGUGCAACAUCUGCCUGGACACGGCCAAAGACGCCGUCAUCAGCCUGUGUGGUCAUCUGUUCUGCUGGCACUGUUUGCAUCAGUGGCUGGAGACUCGGCCGACGAGACAAGUGUGUCCUGUGUGUAAAGCGGGAAUAAGUCGAGAUAAAGUCAUUCCACUGUACGGCAGAGGGAGCACCGGGCGGCAGGAUCCCAGAGAGAGAACCCCCCCUCGACCACAGGGACAACGGCCUGAGCCUGAAAGCCACGGUAGGUUUCAUGGUUUUGGAUUUGGAAAUGGAGGAUUCCAGACGGCAUUUGGAAUCGGGGCUUUUCCGUUCGGUAUCUUUGCCACAGCUUUCAACAUAAACGAUGGGAGACCGCCACCCGCGGCCCCUGGGACCCCGCAGCACACAGAUGAACAGUUUCUCUCUCGACUUUUCCUCUUUGUGGCUCUGGCCAUCGUGUUCUGGCUCCUGAUCGCCUGA